ACACGAACCAACCGAUAAAUGAGAACCUUUCCCCGCAGUCCGAGCGGACGAUCGGCGACGAUCCCCUAGCAAGAACCACGGGUCGGCCAGCGAAACCCCUGAGGCGCCUGCAACUCGCUAUCGAGAUCCGAGGUUUCUCGUUUGUCUCAAAGACGGGCAGUUUCAUAUGCAACUGGCCGGGCUGUAGUCGCCUGACAAGCACGAUGCUACAUAAGCAGAUCGUAACCCACCGUCUCAUUUGAAACUCCACGACUGCAUUCUACACUCAGUUUCAUCCAUCAUGACUACCAACGGCAUCCAACCCGGCCACGUCGGCAAUCUGACUCAGGAUCAAGAGGCCAAAUUACAACAGCUCUGGUCCAUUGUCCUCACCCUGCUAGAUGUGAAGUCCCUCCAAGGUGGAGAUACCUCGGCACAGACCCAGUCCGACCAACGUCCAAGCACGUCGCUCUCCCGAGCUGACACCGUCGUUUCCGCUCAUGGCCAAACGGCUUUCACAGAAGACUUGUCCCGAGUCCUUCGGGAGAAUGGUAUGAGCAACCCUGACAUCAAGUCCGUCCGGGAGUCGCUGAGCAACACCUCGAUCGACGAACUCCGCUCGGGUCUGUUGUAUACUGCCAAACAUGACUCCCCCGACGUCCUCCUGCUUCGCUUCCUGCGCGCUCGCAAGUGGGACGUCAGCAAGGCCUUCGGUAUGAUGUUGAGGGCGCUUGUCUGGCGCAAGGAUCAGCAUGUCGACGAUAAGGUGAUCGCGAACCCCGAACUCGCGGCACUAGUCACGUCUCAGAACACGGUGGAUACGCACGCAGCCAAGGAGUGCAAGGACUUCUUGGAUCAAAUGCGUAUGGGGAAGUGCUAUAUGCACGGAACCGAUCGGGAUGGCCGGCCUGUUCUCGUGGUGCGCGUUCGCUUCCAUCAACCUUCGAAGCAGAGCGAGGCAGUGAUCAAUCGGUUCAUCCUGCAUACGAUCGAGACAGCCCGGUUAUUGCUGGCGCCUCCCCAGGAGACAGUGACCAUCAUCUUCGAUAUGACUGGCUUUGGCCUUUCCAACAUGGAAUAUGCGCCAGUGAAAUUCAUCAUCGAAUGUUUCCAGGAGAACUACCCCGAGUCGCUUGGAUACAUGCUCAUCCACAACGCUCCCUGGGUCUUCUCUGGAAUCUGGAAGAUCAUCAAGGGUUGGAUGGACCCGGUGAUCGUGUCGAAGGUGAACUUUACCAACAAGGUGUCCGAUCUGGAGAAGUUCAUUGCCCCGGAGCAGAUUGUGAAAGAGCUGAAGGGCAAGGAAGACUGGACCUAUGAAUACGUCGAGCCGGUGGCCGGUGAGAACGAGCUGAUGGCAGAUACGGAAACGCGCGACCGCAUCUACGCCGAGCGGUUGAAGAUUGGCGAGGAGUUGCUGCUGCGGACCCAGGAAUGGGUCUCCACCAGCCAGCGAAAGGACGCGGCCGCCACCACAACGGCCCGAGAACAACGGAGCGAGACGAUCGAGUCGCUGCGCCAGAACUACUGGCAGCUGGAUCCGUAUGUGCGCGGGCGCACAUUCCUGGACCGGACAGGAGUAGUUAAGCCGGGCGGCAAGAUCGACUUCUAUCCGAGCCCAGAUCUGGAGCCCGCCACGGCUAAGAUGUUGGAAGUGGAGCAUUUUGAGCGAACUCAGGUGAAGGUGGUCGAUUUGCAAUGAUGGUUGGGCGAUCGGGAUGUGGUUGUAUACUUUGUAGAUUCAUGGCGUCAGAUUUGGGAGUAAUGCUCUUAUGGGAUAGUGGGUUUAUUGCAGUUACCUCAAUCG